CCCGCCGCCGCCGCCGCCGCCGCCGGGCCCUGCAGGGCGCUGGGCGCGCGCAGCCAGGCAAGUUGGCCAACCCAGUCAAGGGCUUAGGAGAAAGCCAACAUACUUCCCAGCUAGAGUCGGUCCCAGCUGCUUCCAGAAGGAAAGGAAGAUCUGUCCCUAUGCCAUCCCUGGAGGGUGACUUGCUGCUGACGUCCCCUGGGCCCUGCAGGCCGUGACGGGGUCACGUGUGCGGUUUCUGUGUGCCCUGGACACCUGCGGCCGCCACCUAUGCACUCCAGCACCCCCAUCAGUUCCCUCUUCUCCUUCACCAGCCCCGCCGUGAAGAGACUGCUGGGCUGGAAGCAAGGAGAUGAGGAGGAGAAGUGGGCCGAGAAGGCGGUGGACUCUCUAGUGAAGAAAUUGAAGAAGAAGAAAGGCGCUAUGGACGAGCUGGAGAGGGCCCUCAGCUGCCCGGGGCAGCCCAGCAAGUGCGUCACGAUUCCCCGGUCCCUGGACGGCCGGCUGCAGGUGUCCCACCGCAAGGGCUUGCCCCACGUUAUUUAUUGCCGGGUGUGGCGGUGGCCCGAUCUGCAGUCCCACCAUGAGCUGAAGCCGCUGGAGUGCUGUGAGUUCCCAUUCGGCUCCAAGCAGAAAGAGGUGUGCAUUAACCCUUACCACUACCGCCGCGUGGAGACUCCAGUGCUGCCUCCGGUGCUUGUGCCCAGGCACAGCGAAUACAACCCUCAGCUCAGCCUCCUGGCCAAGUUCCGCAGCGCCUCCCUGCACAGCGAGCCACUCAUGCCACACAAUGCCACCUAUCCGGACUCCUUCCAGCAGCCUCCAUGCUCUGCAUUCCCGCCCUCACCCAGCCAUGCCUUCUCACAGUCCCCGUGCACGGCCAGCUACCCACACUCUCCAGGAAGCCCUUCUGAGCCAGAGAGUCCCUAUCAACACUCAGUUGACACAUCACCCCUACCUUAUCAUGCCACGGAAGUCCUGGGGACCCAGAAUGGCCGACCUGUAGAUGCCACAGCUGAUAGUCAUUUAGUGCUAUCAAUACCUAAUGGAGACUUCCGGCCCGUUUGUUACGAGGAGCCCCAGCACUGGUGCUCGGUCGCCUACUAUGAACUGAACAACCGAGUUGGGGAGACGUUCCAGGCCUCCUCCCGAAGCGUGCUCGUAGAUGGAUUCACAGACCCGUCAAAUAACAGGAGCAGAUUCUGUCUUGGGCUUCUUUCCAACGUAAACAGAAAUUCAACAAUAGAAAACACCAGGAGACACAUAGGAAAAGGCGUGCACUUGUACUACGUUGGGGGAGAGGUGUAUGCCGAGUGCGUGAGUGACAGCAGCAUCUUUGUGCAGAGCCGGAACUGCAACUAUCAGCACGGCUUCCACCCGGCCACCGUCUGCAAGAUCCCCAGCGGGUGCAGUCUCAAGGUCUUCAACAACCAGCUCUUUGCUCAGCUGCUCGCCCAGUCCGUUCACCAUGGCUUCGAAGUCGUUUAUGAGUUAACCAAGAUGUGCACUAUCCGGAUGAGUUUUGUUAAGGGUUGGGGAGCUGAGUACCAUCGCCAGGAUGUUACGAGCACCCCCUGCUGGAUCGAGAUCCAUCUUCACGGACCACUGCAGUGGCUGGACAAAGUUCUCACUCAGAUGGGCUCUCCACAUAACCCAAUUUCUUCAGUGUCUUAACAGUCAUAUCUUCAGCUCCACUUCUGUGGAAUAGAUGCUAUUGCAGGCAGUGGCUUAUAUCAUUUCAGAUUUGCAACUAACUGAAAUUUCUAAGUACAUGUGUAAAUACAUAUAAUGUACACUAUUCAUAUUUUUAUCACUAUUUCUUUUGUGCUUCCUAGUUAACCUGGUGCCGGUACAGUGAGAUUAGAAAAGCAGGGUUUUCCUGCCUAUGCUGUAAUGAGAAGCGGCAGCAUUUGUGGUAGGAAACAAAUGAAAGGCAACAGUGUCGAUGUAUUUGAAGGUGCUGGCAGAAUAAAAGGCAGCUGCAACCAGCCAUGUCAUUAUAAGGCAUGUUGUGUGGCUUAACAGAGACAUCGCAGCUGUUCAUAGAGCAAAAAUCGGAUGUUCGUUGCACUAGGACAAAUAAC